AAUUAAUAUAAAACAGAGAUGAACAUUUGGCAUCAAUCAGUCAGAGUGCGUGGAGCAGUCAUGUGGUCUUAUACGAUUGUCGCGUUGUUGUGCGCCGCUGCGGCGGUGGAUGCUGAGCUGUAUUACAAUAGUACGGCAGUCACCAGGUGCACCAGAAGCUCCAGAGCGGAGCUGCCGAUGAACGUGUACAUCCAGGGCUGCGUGGACCCCCCCUGCAGCCUCACACAGCUCAAGGACGCUGAGAUGGACGUCGUCUUCCAAGCACCUCGCUACCUGGAGGACAUGGAGACCCUCGCCACGGCCUACCUCGGCAUCGUGCCCAUCCCCUACCCGCUGGGCCAGGACUCCUUCACCUGCAACAACCUCGUCAACUCCUACUGCCCGCUGCUGGAGGGAGAGGUCCUGAAGUACAAGCUCAAGCUCUACAUUGAAGAGUUCAUGGCUGUGGGUGUUUCUGCUAACAUCGAGUUCAGGGUGAGGGAGAGGGGCGGGGCCGACCUGUUCUGCUUCCGAACCAACAUCAGGAUUGUCCGCUGAAACGCUGGACUCGUCACGAAAUGGAUGCCGCCACGGGAUGAAACCAUAUUAUAAUAUUACUUAUUUAUUUGUAAAUAUGUGUAGAACUUCAAUAUUAUUAGAUGAGCAAUGUGCCCAUUUUGUAAUUUCAGACUCGAUAAAAUUUAUAAUAAACUAUGUUUUUAGUAUUUCA